AUGUUCUCCAAAUCCGUGUUCGUUACCCUAGCCACGUCUCUUCUCAGCGCGGGGCUUUCGCAGGCCUUGCCAACAUUUCAAGAUGAUUACCCAGCUUCCAGCAAGGGAGCCGUGUACUUUCAAACCAACGAGCUCUCCAAUAGCGUAGUUGCGCUCUACGUUCACCAGAACGGCUCGCUCUCGCUCGGAGGGAAAGGCGGAGACCGGCGGUGCGGGUGCCAGCUUCAUCAGCGCCGCUACCAAUAUGUCUGCCGGCCCUGAUUCUCUUGCCAGUCAGGGUGCCGUCAAAGUGGUUGGAAACAGCCUUUUCGUGGUCAACAGUGGUGACGACACUGUGUCGAUGUUCUCUAUUGACGCUUACGAUCCAACCAACUUGACUCUUUGGGUUCGACCGCCAAGGUACCUGGUGAAUUUCCUGUGAGCGUGGGAUGCGUCGUCUGCUGCACGAGCUUGUUUGUGUGGGCACGAGCGGUGCCAAGUCAGGUGUCUCGUGUGCACCCUUCGCCCCCAAUGUGGGAAUUGGCAAGUUUGACUUUUUGAGAGAGUUCGAGCUAGGCCAGUCGACGCCUCCAGUGGGCCCAGGAAACACUGUAUCCGAAGUGUACUUUUCUGAAGACGAGACGACCUUGAUUACUGCUGUCAAGGGUAACGGAACCGCCGAAAACAAGGGCUAUGUUUCGGUCCACUCUGUGUCUGUCGCUUCCGAAUACGGGGGUGCUCGUCUUUCGCCUGCUGACAUUCGUACCUCUCUGAACGAAACGAAUUUGCUUUUCGGCUUCGAGCAGAUUCCGGAAUCGGACCGCUACUUUGUGGCUGACCCAUCCUUUGGUGCAGCUAUCUUCUCCGUUGACGAAGCUUCGGGUGUCUCCGGGUUUGUCAGUAAGCAGGAAAUCCCCGGCCAAAAGGCCAGUUGUUGGGCCGUGGUCUCGUCUCUCUCUAACUCUGCGUUUGUGACGGACCCUCUUGUCGGCCACAUUGUAGAGAUGAGCCUGUACGAUGCUAGCAUUGUGUCAGUAACGAACACUACCGACGCGUACAUCGACCUUAUUACGGCAGGCGACUACGUUUAUGCACUAAGUCCGGGCAGCGGCAAUUCUACAGGUGCUUCCGUGUCAGCAUUUUCGGGUAAGUCUGGAGACGACCGGACUAUACUACAAUCCUUGAAUGUCGGCGAUUGGGCCGGCAAGAGCGCCCAAGGCCUGGCCGCGUUCCCUAGCUGGUGA